UGAUCGGUUCUCGCGAGUGUGGUAUAAAUGUGUUUCUAUAUUGUUCUGCAUCCAAUCUUUCUACAGUUUAUUUUAAAUCGACAUUGAAACAGAUGCCGAUAAACGAUGAGAUAAGGAUACCGAGUGGUUAAAGUGAGUUUAUUCUGCGACGUAAGAAUUCACGCAUAAUCGGAAUUGCAGCGAAUUGUUCCUCUCCGCUACUACUAUCUUAUCGUUACUUGGACAGUUGUAAACUUUUCGAAACGCACUAUUCGAUAACGUGUUGCCUAAAUAGGUCAAUACCGGAGGAAUCUUCAAUCAAUUGUGUUGAGAAGUUCAGUGUUUUGAUACGGUUUCGAUGGAAAUAAAGGGAAAAUCAUCAAAGAAUGUAAAACAGCGCUCAAAGUGGAGUGCGGAACAUUCCUUUUCAGAAAAACAUGAUCUGACCACUGAGGAUAUAAAAAUUCAACGUCAAACUUCUAAUCCAUGGAAAUUGGAUGUUGCUGAGAGCCUAGAAAUUUUUAAACAACCCCCUUCGUCUUUACUCAAUCGAGAUCAAGAGAUAGUGUCAAUAGCGACGUCAACAAUUUUCGCAGUUUUCCUUUUCACGAUAGGAUUUUUCGUACACAAAAAUGAAAUCACUCAAAUCAUUUUAGACGAUCGACUAAAGAUGCGGGAAAUUAUGCCUUACUUCAAAUGGUGGCAGAAUACAUCAGAUGUGUUGGUUACCUGCAAAAUCUACGUGUUUUCCGUAACAAAUGGACAACGCUGGUUGGAUAAAUUGGACAACACUUUGAAUUUUAAAGAAAUCGGGCCGAUCACAUAUCGUGAGACACUCGAGCACCUAGAUGUGGUGUUUCAUCCGCACAACUCAACUAUGUCAUACAAUUCUAAACGGCAACUAUUGUUCAUGCCAGAGCAGAACGACGAUGGGAUCCUUAACAAAACUAUCAUCGUGCCAAACACUGCAGUGCUAGCCAUGGCAGCCAAAUUACAAGAUUCGAACGCAAUAGUGAAAUGGGGUUACAGACUAAUACUUUCCAGUUCUGGGGAUGAAGUUUUUAUGAACACUACUGUCUACAAUUAUCUUUGGAACGUAACCAGUCCAAUCAUGAAAUCUGCCAGAAAAGUCGUACCAUUUAUGGUACCACUUGAGAAUAUUGGAGUGUUGAGUGUGAUGUACAACGAUUACAACGACCGCGUAAAUAUUCGUCAUGGGAAGCAAUUUGGAAAUGAACAAUUUUUCAUGAUUAAUACUUAUCGAAACCGUCCAACAGUUCCUGGCUUUAUGCCGGAAAACGGCGACUGCUUCGCAUCCAUUGUAAACGCGUCCGAGGGGGCGUUUUAUCCACAGAAUCUAAAUGAAAACUCCGUACUAAUCUAUUGGCGACGAACACUGUGCCGUGCGGUUCCACUAUUCUUCGAAAAAGAAAUUCGUCGUGGACCAUUGACUGGAUACGAGUUCGUACUUCCCGACAACUCCUACGAUCGUUUAGCUAAUGCAACUGCGGACUGCUAUAAGGGACAAAGAAUUUUAUUGGAAGAUGGCAUGACAGAUAUGUCUAAGUGUUUAUUAGAUUUCCCAGUAGCUGCAACGAGCCCACAUUACUACGCUCGAAAUUUGUCUCUGGCACAUAAAAUAUCUGGAAUGACGCCUAACAGAGAGAAGCAUUACAGUUACAUCAUUGCAGAUCCCACUUUUGGUAUACCAAUUGACCAAUGUGCCCGAACGCAGAGUAAUCUAGUUCUUCCGGAGUUAGCCGGUUUCUCCAAGGAAAUAUUGAGUUUUAGUAAUAUGAUUUUACCUAUGUUCUGGAUAGAAUAUCACCAAAGCGAACUACCUCCAUAUGUCAUCAAAUCGUUACAGAUUUUCUAUAUCGUCAAGGAUAUUCAGCCAUACCUACCGUACUUCUUUUAUGUUCUUUUUCUUUUGCUUUUGAUUAUGACGUUUUGCAAGGCACGGAAAUUUGAUACACGAAGGAUGGAGCCCAAACCAGUUCCAAUAUUAGAAGAACAUAAAGAAAACAUUACAUUCAAUAAUAAUAACAAUAUGUCGGAUACAAUAAAAAAAUUAAAUAAUCUCUAGUUUUACUUUAUUUUCUUAAAAUAGGUGAAAUUAAUGUUAUUCAUAUUCCAUGUUUGUUUAUACAUUUUUUAUGAUUAAGAUUAUAACAAAUCAAAAAUAUAACUACUUUCAGUAAUAUAAAGUGACUUCAAA